AGCUCAGAGGAGGCUCCAAUCCCCCAAUCCUCUGGGGGUCUAAGAAGCUGGAGCCUCCUAAGUGGAAGGCAGCUGAGCUGUUGGGACAGGAGCCCCCUUGCAGGAAGCAUGAACAGGAAAGACAACAAGAGGAAGUCACACCAGGAAUGCACUGGGAAGACAGGGGGACGGGGUCAGCCCCGCCCCGCCCGGCGGCACAAGACAUGCCCCAGCCCCCGGGAAAUCAGCAAGGUCAUGGCGUCCAUGCACCUGGACUUACUGAGUGAGGGCGGCUGCAGCGUGGAGGAGCUAUUGGAGCGGUGUAUCCAGUCCUUCGACUCAGCUGGCAGCCUGCGCCGUGGAGCUCACGUUCUCAACAUGGCGCUGGCCAUGCACAGCUGGGUGCUACCCUCUGCGGAUCUGGCUGCCCGUCUGCUGACCUCGUACCAGGAAGCCACAGGGGACACGCAGGAGCUGAGGCGACUGCAGAUCUGUUACCUGGUCAGGUACUGGCUGGCCCAGCACCCUGAGGUGCUGCAUCAGGAGCCCCAGCUAGAGGAAGCCAUUGGCCGUUUCUGGGCCACAGUGGCCCAGGAGGGCAACAUGGUCCAACGCAACGUGGGAGACUCCUCUAACCUCCUGAGCCCUGGUGGUCCUGGCCCCCCACCACUCUUGAACAGCCCAGGCCUUGGCAAAAAGCGCAAAGUGUCCUUGCUUUUUGACCACCUGGAGACGGGGGAGUUGGCUCAGCACCUCACUUACCUGGAGUUCCGCUCCUUCCAAGCUAUUCCGCCCCGGGACCUGCGGGACUACGUUUUGCAGGGCUCCGUGCGGGGCUGCUCCGCCCUGGAGGGUUCAGUGGCUCUCAGCAACAGUGUGUCCCGCUGGGUGCAGGUCAUGGUGUUGAGUCGCCCCGUGCCCACACAGCGCGCACAGGUGCUGGACAAGUUCAUUCAGGUGGCACAGAGGCUCCACAAGCUGCAGAACUUCAACACACUGAUGGCGGUCACGGGGGGCCUGUGUCACAGCGCCAUCUCCAGACUCAAGGACUCCCAUGCCCACUUGAGCCCGGACAGCACCAAGGCCCUGCUGGAGCUCACGGAGCUCCUGGCUUCCCGCAACAAUUACGCACACUACCGCCGCACCUGGGCUCACUGUACGGGCUUCCGGCUGCCCAUUCUGGGGGUGCACCUCAAGGACCUGGUUUCCCUGUACGAGUCCCAGCCCGACAGGCUACCUGAUGGCCGUCUGCACCUGCACAAGCUCAACAGCCUCUACCUGCGGCUGCAGGAGCUGGCAGCCCUCCAGGGACAGCGCCCGCCCUGCAGCGCCCAUGAGGACCUCCUGCACUUGCUCACGCUUUCCCUGGAUCUCUUCUACACGGAAGAUGAGAUCUACAAGCUCUCUUACGCCCGGGAGCCCCGCUGCCCCAAGAGUCUGCCGCCCUCCCCCUUCAAAACGCCCCUGGUGGUAGAGUGGGCCUCCGGGGUGACACCCAAGCCGGACAGGGACACCCUGGGAAGACACGUGGAGCAGCUGGUGGAGUCUGUGUUCAAGAACUAUGACCCCGAAGGCCGAGGAACCAUCUCACAGGAGGACUUCGAGCGCUUCUCGGGCAACUUCCCCUUUGCCUGCCAUGGGCUGCACCCACCUCCCCGCCAGGGGAGCGGCUCCUUCAGCAAGCAGGAACUGACCAGCUACCUACUCGAGGCCAGCGCCAUCUGCGCCAAGCUGGGCUUGGCCUUCCUGCACGCCUUCCAUGAGGUUACCUUCCGCAAGCCCACCUUCUGUGACAGCUGCAGUGGCUUCCUCUGGGGUGUCAUCAAGCAAGGCUACCGCUGUCGGGACUGUGGGCUGUGUUGCCACAAACACUGCAGAGACCAAGUGAAGGUGGAGUGUAAGAAGAAGCUAGGAGCCAGGGGCGAUGUGGGCCCCCCAGAAGCCCCCACCCCACCCACCACAGCCCCCCAUGCCAGCUGUGGUUCAGAGGACAGUCUCCCCCUGGAACCCGAGACUGGCUGCCACCUGCACCAUGCCUGGACCCAGACAGACUCCUCACACCCCUUCUGGGACCUGGAAAUGGGGCCGACUCCACCCACCACCCAGUCACCCAAGCCGGAUUCCUAGACAUUGUCACAGUCUUUCUUCUCUCUGGCACCCCCUGCUCCUGGAGCUAGUCCCAACCUGCAGGACCCCACCCACCCUCACUGCCUUGGACGAGAGGACCUGACAUCUCUUCUCUAGGAGAAGGCG